CAAAUCAAUUAACCCUUUCUCUUUCUCUCAUUUCCUCUUAAUCUGAAUCAAAUUUCCCAUCUAUAGAAAGAAAAAGGUAUGAAGAAGAUCAAUCUAUUACUAAGAAAGUGCAAGAGUUUGUCAAAACAAUUAGGAAGAUCAUCGUCAUAUAGUAGCUUAAGAUCAAAAUCAAAUAGAGAAGAUUUAUGUGCAAGACAUGGCAUGGAACAAGAUGAAAAUUGUGAAACUAUAUUUGUUGGAAGCUCGAGGAAACGGUAUGUGAUAAGUUCAAAGUAUAUAAACCAUCCUCUUCUUGAUGCUUUGAUCAACAAGAAUAAGCAAAAGGAUAAUAGUGAUGAUGAUGAAAAUGUUUUGGUUGUUAAUUGUGAAGUUGUUUUGUUUGAUCAUUUAUUAUGGAUGCUAGAAAAUGCAGAUCCUAAGUUUGGUUCUGAAUCUUUGGAAGAAUUAGCUGAACUUUAUGUGUUUUAAGAGUUGUUAUAGUGAUGGUUAAAGAAGUAGCCUAAUGUAAUUUUGUUAUAUUUUACACAAUUUAAUGGUUUUUUGUUUUUAUUUCUUUAUGUUAUAAGUUCAUUUCUCUAUUGUGUAUUAAAUGAUUAUGUGAUUGCAUAUGUAAUUGUUUGUUCUAA